UCAUUAAAUAUUUUUUGACAUAAUUAUAAAAUGAUUUUAUUUAUUUUUGACUUUGUUUUAAGCGAUACUAUUAAAGAACUACAUUUGAAUAAUAUUUAUGAUAAGUGUUUGUAGAUUUUAUUAGGUCCACGAUUAUGUGUCUAUUGUUAAUUGUACAUCGUAUUCUAUCUUAGACAUACUUAGAGAAAACAAACGUUUAACUUGGAAUACUGAUCACCAAAGUUGUCUAGAAACUUUGUUUAGUUAAAAAUAGUUAAUUCAAUGUUGAAUUUCACAAUCAAAGGUAGAACUAAACAAAUUUAAAAAAUUUGCCCAUUUCAAAGUAAAAUAAACGUAAAACCAUGUCAUCCGUAAAAGUUGCUGUCCGAGUACGGCCAUUUAAUAACCGUGAAAUAUCAAGAGACUGUAAAUGUAUCAUAGAAAUGGCUGGAUAUACUACUUCUAUUACUAACCCAAAACUUCCGCCCAACGUUAAAGAUGCUACCAAAAGCUUUAAUUUUGAUUACUCGUAUUGGUCUCAAAAUCCAUCUGAUCCCAAUUUCGCAUCUCAAACUAUGGUGUAUAGAGAUAUUGGUGAAGAAAUGUUGCAACAUGCCUUUGAAGGUUAUAAUGUUUGUAUAUUUGCUUAUGGUCAAACGGGAGCUGGAAAAUCAUACACUAUGAUGGGAAGACAAGAAGAAGAAGGCCAAGAAGGUAUUAUUCCUUUAAUUUGUAAAGAUUUAUUUCAUAGAAUUAAGUCAACUACAAGUGAAGAAUUACAGUAUUCUGUUGAGGUCAGUUAUAUGGAAAUAUAUUGUGAAAGAGUUCGUGAUUUGUUGAAUCCAAAAAAUAAAGGUAAUCUUCGAGUUAGGGAACAUCCGCUAUUAGGACCUUAUGUAGAAGAUUUAUCAAAGCUUGCUGUUACAACUUAUCAAAAUAUUCAUAACCUUAUAGACGAAGGCAAUAAAGCUAGAACUGUUGCUGCUACUAAUAUGAAUGAAACAUCCAGUCGCUCUCAUGCUGUUUUCACUAUAUUUUUCACCCAAAAACGAUUAGAUCAAAUGACACAACUAACUACUGAAAAAGUCAGUAAAAUAUCAUUAGUUGAUUUAGCUGGUUCAGAACGUGCAGAUUCAACAGGUGCUAAAGGAACUAGACUAAAAGAAGGGGCCAACAUUAAUAAAAGUUUAACUACUUUGGGGAAAGUUAUUUCUGGAUUAGCUGAAAUGGCAUCUAAGAAAAAAAAAAAAGGAGACUUUAUUCCUUAUCGUGAUUCUGUAUUAACGUGGCUCUUAAGGGAAAAUCUUGGAGGAAACUCUAAAACUGCUAUGAUUGCAGCUAUUAGUCCAGCAGACAUAAAUUAUGAUGAAACCCUUUCAACACUAAGAUAUGCUGACCGAGCUAAACAAAUUGUUUGUAAAGCUAUUGUUAAUGAAGAUGCUAAUGCUAAACUUAUUCGGGAACUCAAAGAAGAAAUCCAAAGACUACGAGAUUUAUUAAAAGCUGAAGGAAUUGAAGUUCAAGAAGAUGGUAAAGUGGUUUAUGGAAAAAUUAAAGAAAGCCGAGAUGAUGGAGUUAAGAUGUUGAAAGAUGGGGAACAAAAACCAAAUAUUCCAUCAUCAAUGAUUGCCGAAGAAGCUGUUGAACAACUGCAAGCUAGUGAAAAACUAAUUGCUGAACUGAAUGAAACUUGGGAAGAAAAGUUAAAGCGAACAGAAGAAAUCAGAAUUCAAAGAGAAGCUGUUUUUGCUGAAAUGGGAGUAGCUGUUAAAGAAGAUGGAGACACAGUUGGGGUUUUUUCUCCUCAAAAAACUCCACAUUUGGUUAAUUUAAAUGAAGAUCCAUUCAUGUCAGAAUGUCUAAUUUAUUAUAUUAAACUUGGAGUAACUCGUGUUGGUUCUGCUGAAUCUAAUGUUACACAAGAUAUACGAUUAUGUGGAUCUUAUAUCCAAAGAGAACAUUGUAGAUUUGAAAAUACUAAUGGCAUUGUCACUUUAACCCCAAUGAAUGGUGCAUUAUGUUAUGUCAAUGGAAGAGAACUAACUGAACCUAUAAUACUUAAAACAGGUUCUAGAGUAAUUUUAGGGAAAAAUCAUGUUUUCCGUUUUAAUCAUCCUGAACAAGUAAGAGAACACAGGGGAUAUAAAACUAAACCAGAAUCCACAGUGGAAAAUAUUAAAGAAAUAAUAUCAAAACCAGAAAAAUCCUCUCCUGUAGAAACUCCUAUUGGUAAUGAAAAUGUUGAUUGGAAUUUUGCGCAAAUUGAGUUAUUAGAAAAACAAGGAAUUGAUCUUAAACAAGAUAUGAAACAAAAAUUAAAUGCACUUGAAGAACAAUUUAGAAGAGACAAGGAAACAGCUGACCAAAUUUUUGAGGAACAACGAAAAAACUAUGAAGCUCGAAUAGAUGCCCUUCAAAAACAAGUUGAUGAACAAAGUAUGACUAUGUCAAUGUAUAGUUCAUAUACUCCAGAUGACUUAGUGCAAGAAGAAGACAUAUUUGUAAAUCCAUUAUUUGAUGCUGAGUGCAAUUGGUCAGAUAAAGAAUAUCAGUUAGUUUUAACAACAUGCCGCAAAUGGAAGUACCAUCAAUUUACAUCAUUAAGAGAUGAUUUGUGGGGAAAUGCUGUAUUUUUAAAAGAAGCUAAUGCUAUAUCUGUAGAAUUAAAAAAAAAGGUCCAAUUUCAGUUUACUUUAUUGACUGAUACAUUGUACUCACCAUUACCCGUUGAUUUCAUUACUGAAGAAGAUGAGGUAGAUCGACCAUUUCCAAGAACAUAUGUUGCCAUUGAAGUAUUAGAUACAAAAAAUGGGGCUACACAUUAUUGGACAUUGGAAAAAUUAAGAACUAGACUGGAUCUAAUGCAACAAAUAUAUAAUUGGGAGAUUGAAAGUCCCCAGAAUUCGCCUUGCAAGUUCAAGGAUGAUUUCUUGCAAUGUUUUACUACUUGCACCCUUAACAAGUCUUUCUCCUAUUUAAUACCUUCAAGACAAAGAUUAGAACUAAUGCGUGAAAUGUAUCAAAAUGAAGCAGAAACAUCACCAACAUCACCAGACUUCAAUAUUGAAGCAAUCACAGGAGGUGAUCCAUUUUAUGAUCGAUUUCCAUGGUUUAGAUUAAUUGGCAGAGCAUUUAUAUACUUGAGUAAUCUUAUGUAUCCAGUUCCAUUGAUUCAUAAAGUAGCAGUGGUUAAUGAAAAAGGUGAUGUUAAGGGAUACCUUCGUGUUGCAAUUCAAGCUGUUUCUGAAGAUGAAACUGGUGAUAAUUCAUGUGGUGUUCGACAAUUUGCUAAGAUUUCUUUUAAUGAUAAAGAAUUAUUAGGUCGCUUAUCAUUAAAGAAAAAUUCAAUUUUGAAUGAAAGAAUUAUUGUUGGAAGAUGUAGUUUCAAAGAUGAAGAGAAUGAAGGAGAUAAUGACAGUGGGCAUGGAGACAGCUCUGUAUCAUCGGAUAUAAAAGAUGAAGAGCUACCCAGUCAUUUAAUAAUUAACAAAGAAUUUACAUUCAGAGUUACCUUAUUACAAGCUGUUGGAGUUCCUAGUGAAUACGCUGAUAUUUUUUGUCAAUUUAAUUUUCUUCAUAGACAUGAUGAUGCAUUUUCAACUGAACCCGUAAAAAAUGUUGGAAAAGGUACUCCUGUUGGAUUUUAUCAUGUUCAAAAUAUAACAGUCUCUGUUACAAAAUCGUUUCUUGAAUACAUCAAAACUCAACCAAUUGUAUUUGAAGUAUUUGGUCACUAUCAAAAACAUCCAUUACAUAACGAUGCAAAACAAGAAAGUAGUUUUAUUAGGCAACCUCCUAGACGAAUGUUACCACCAUCUAUACCUAUAAGCCUACCAGUACGUUCACCUAAAUUUGGUGUAAUGCCUUCCUUGUGUACAUCACAUAUUCAUGCAAAACAUGAUUUAUUAGUUUGGUUUGAAAUAUGUGAAUUAGGGCCUGAUGGAGAUUAUGCACCAUGUGCUGUUGAUCACAGUGAGGAAUUGCCAUGUCGUGGUUUGUUUGUGCUUCAUCAAGGUUUGCAAAGAAGAAUACGCAUUACUGUAGUACACGAAAUUGCUCCUGAAAUACGUUGGAAAGAAAUACGAGAAUUAGUAGUUGGUCGCAUUCGGAAUGUACCCCAGUCUGAAGAUGAAGAUACUGAUAAUUCAGUACUUUCAUUAGGUCUAUUUCCGGGUGAAUAUUUAGAGAUACCUGGUGAAGAUCGUUGCAUGUUUCGAUUUGAAGCUGCCUGGGAUAGUUCUUUACAUAAUUCAGCCUUACUUAAUAGAAUUUCUACAGGUGGAGAACACAUAUUUAUGACUAUAUCAGCUUAUUUGGAGUUGGAGAAUUGUGGAUGUCCAGCUAUUAUUACUAAAGAUUUGAGCAUGGUAAUCUAUGGCCGGGAUUCCCGCACAGGUCCCAGAUCAUUAAAACAUCUCUUCAGCAGUGUCUAUAAAAACAAUGAAGCGCAUCGUCUUUCUGGAAUUUAUGAACUUGUGCUUAAGAGAGCUUCAGAAGCAGGUAGUCCAGGUGUUCAAAGGCGACAGAGACGUGUAUUAGAUACUAGUUCUACUUAUGUACGAGGUGAAGAAAAUCUUGAAGGUUGGAAGCCACGAGGUGACAGCUUAAUAUUUGAUCACCAAUGGGAAUUAGAAAAGCUAACUAGACUUGAAGAAGUUGGACGUACUAGACACAUGAUUCUUCUUAGAGAACGCCUUGGUCUUGAUAAAGUACCAAUUACAAAAUCAGAAAAGGAAGUUUGUAAUAUAAUGGCAAAAGCUUCAAGUUCUAUCAAAGAUAUUAUGAGACCUCCUAGUCCAGUUGCAAUAAGAAAUAUUGACCCAAGUGUUUAUGAACCUUGGGAAAUGACUGAGAGAGAGCGGUAUUUAGCAACCAAGUGUAUUAAAUUAAUUCAAGGGAGAAUACCUUCUAAAGAGAAUACUCAAAAUCAAUACAGUGAAAUUCUCUCACCAAGUGAUGAAAAAAUAAUUAAUUUGCAUAAUAGUAAUUCAAGCAACACUAUUAAUAUAUCAAAUCACGAAUUGUUCUCUCCUGAUCGUAGUUCAUUGCGAAAUUCACUAAUUGGAGAGUCAACUUUCCAUAUUCAAGAUAUAAUAAAUUUGUCUCAAAUUUCAUCUGAACCACAACUUGUUUUGUAUGUACCAGAAGUUGAAGAAAUAAGAAUCAGUCCAGUGGUCUCGAGAAAGGGUUAUUUAAAUAUACUAGAACAUAAAACUAAUGGCUGGAAAAAACGAUGGGUGACAGUUAGACGCCCUUAUGUGUUUAUAUUCAGAGAUGAAAAAGAUCCAGUUGAAAGAGCUUUAAUCAAUUUGACUACAGCUCAAGUUGAAUAUUCGGAAGAUCAGCUUGCCAUGGUCAAAGUACCCAACUCGUUUAGUGUCGUAACAAAACAUAGAGGAUAUUUAAUGCAAACCUUGUUGGAUAAAGAAGUUUAUGAGUGGCUCUAUGCUAUCAACCCUCUUUUAGCUGGCCAAAUCAGGUCAAAAACUUCUCGUCAAGUUAUGCCAAAUGGACAAGUUCAAAAACCAGCUUUUGUAUCAAAUCCUACUGACACUCAUUAAUACAUUUAUUUGCUAUUUAUAGAAAUAAUUGAUGUAUUCUUGUGUACAACAAAUUGGAUGGAUAAAAAUUCAUUUUUUGCUAUGUAUAAACAUUAAUGAUAAUAAGCACCAUAAUUAUUCAAUUUAAUUUGUUUUAUUUAUGUGCCAUUAAAAUUUAAAGCUUUAUUUUAAUGCUGCCAAAAACUGAAUAAUUGCUUUUUAUAAAAAUGGUUGUGAAUACCAUAUCUAUUGGUUGAUGUCAACAUCUCCUCAGUUAAUACUUAUUAUUUAAAAGCCUAAAAAACAAUUUUUCUUUCAAUGAUCAAUCAUCAAUGUGAUAUUUAUUUAUUAAACAUGUUAUUAUUAUAAUUAUGUAUAUUUAUAUUAAGAAUAUUGUUAUAUUGUAUCUAGUCAAAAAUAAUUCAGUUAAAAUAAUAUAUAAUUUUAAAUAUUA